AUGAUCGUGAAACAGAUGAAGAAAUUUGAAAUGCCGAACCUCAAACGUUGUAAAGCCGAGAAAAAGGAAGUCAUCUCCGGUGAGAAUGAGGGGGAAUCAUGCUCCACCGUUAAUUCCAAGAAGGCGAAAACAACCAAUGGGCUUUUUACCGUUCCUGUAAACCAAUUUGUAGGGUCCAGCAUUAAUUUCCCGAACAAUUUGCCCACCAGAGCUUCUUUCUACACCGGUGAAGUUAACUCAAUACCCCAGACUAAAAUUCAGACUCAGAUGGGUGUUAAUAAGCCUCCUCUGUUAAAGUCUUCUAGAGGGCGUUCACAGGUACUACCAUCGAAAUUCAAUGACUCAGUUUUGCAUUCAUGGAAGAAAGAAAAAUCUGAGAAUGAUGAUUAUGGAAGUAGCACUUCGGAAACAGAUAAUGUGGGCAGUGGGAUUCAUAGUAAGAAGAAACUAAAGCAUCACAAGUUUUACAACGAUGAAAUAUAUUUAGUCAAGAAACAGCAAGUUGAAGAUCAACAUGGCUACCGAUUGCAUAAUACAAGUUUAUUACCCCACUCGAACACUGAAUAUGGGUAUAGAGACAGUUCUGGCAGUAAAAUGUAUUCGAAUUCUCGGAGUUCAGUGGUGUCAGUUAACGAAGGGCAUUCAAGUGUUUUGCCAGUGGUGGAAAUUGGUGGGCAUUCAAGGAGGGAGGUGAAUGGAUUUGUGGGAGUGCAAAAGAUGGUCAAGGAAAAGGAGACUGUAAAGAAGGCUGAUUUUUAUCAGCCUGAAGAUUUUGUAUUGGGGGAUAUAGUUUGGGCCAAAUGCGGUAAAAAUUUCCCAGCUUGGCCAGCUACUGUGAUUGAUCCGCUGAUGGAAGCACCUGAAUCUGUUCUGAGGGCUUGUGUUCCAGGCACUCUGUGUGUGAUGUUUUAUGGUUAUUCAAAGAGUAGACAGAGGGAUUAUGCGUGGAUAAAAGCUGGAAUGGUUUUUCCCUUUCACGAGUACAUGGACAGAUUUCAGGGGCAGACUAAGUUGUAUGGCAGCAAACCUAGAGAUUUCCAGAUGGCUAUAGAGGAGGCUAUUCUAGCUGAAAGUGGCUACUCAAAUCCCUCUGUGGAGACUGUGCAGGAAACUUUACCUGGGACAGAACCCAGUGAAAUCAAACAGGCAACUGGUUUAAAUCAGGAGUCAAAAUAUUAUUCCAUUGAGCAGGAUUCAAAUGAUAAGAGAAAAGAAACACGGCCUUGUGAAAGCUGUGGACUGAUUUUUCCAUGCAGAACUAUGAAGAAAAUAAAAGACAAAGAUGCAAAAGCUUAUUUCUUGUGUGAGCACUGUAUUAAGUUAAGGAAAUCAAAACAAUAUUGUGGUGUAUGCAAGCAAAUCUGGCACCAUUCUGAUGGUGGAAGUUGGGUAUGUUGUGAUGGUUGUGAUGUUUGGGUACAUGCUGAGUGUGCCAACAUUUCCAGUGAGCUUUUAAAGCAUCUGGAGAAGGUGAAGUACUUCUGCCCUGAAUGCAAAGCAAAAUCUACCCCUGACUCUUUAAUUUUGGACAAACAGCAAUUUGAUGUUAGGUCUGCCCAGAAUUCUGGACACAUCUUUCCGUCUGACAAGAUCACUGUUGUCUGCAAUGGCGUGGAAGGCGUUUAUUAUUCAAGCCUUCAUCUGGUUCAAUGUAGGUGUGGUUCAUGCGGGGCAAAGAAACAAUCGCUUAGUGAAUGGGAGCGACAUACAGGUUCUAGAGCAAAAAAAUGGAAGUCAAGUGUUAAAGUGAAGGGUUCAAAUUUAACACUUGAAAAAUGGAUUGUAGAGUACAAUGCGCAUGGCUUUGAUCCUCUUCGUUUAGAUAAGAAAAAGCUGUUUGGUUUGUUACAAGAAAACUAUGAACCUGUAUAUACAAAGUGGACAACAGAACGCUGUGCUAUUUGUAGAUGGGUUGAAGAUUGGGACUACAACAAAAUGAUAAUAUGCAACAGAUGUCAAAUAGCUGUACAUCAAGAAUGCUAUGGGGCUAGAAAUAUUCAGGAUUUUGCUUCAUGGGUCUGUCGAGCAUGCGAAACCCCGGAGGUUGAGAAAGAGUGUUGCCUCUGUCCUGUAAAAGGUGGUGCAUUAAAGCCAACUGAUGUUGGAACUUUAUGGGUUCAUGUCACAUGUGCAUGGUUUCGGCCAGAAGUUGCUUUUUCGAAUGCAGAGAUGAUGGAGCCUGCAACAGGCCUUCUUCGAAUUCCGGCAAGUUCCUUUGCUAAGGCAUGCAUUAUUUGUAAUCAGAUUCAUGGGUCUUGCACCCAGUGUUGCAAGUGUGCCACCUAUUUUCAUGCAAUGUGUGCAUUUCGUGCUGGAUAUCGCAUGGAAUUACAUUGUGAGGAGAAGUAUGGAACACAGAUAACCAAAUGGGUCUCAUACUGCGCUGUUCAUAGGAUGCCUAGUGCAGAGAAUGUACUGGUCAUACAGACUCCCAAUGGGGUUUUCUCAACCGGAAGCUUACUUCAAAACCAGAUUCAAGAACAGUGCUUGAGUGGUUCAAGGCUCAUCUCAUCUAGGACUGCUGAGUGCUUUGAUUCAUUGCCUGCUGAUACUCAUGAAAUCGAUCCCAUGUCUGCUGCAAGGUGUCGCAUUUUCAAACGAUCAAAGAGAAAGAGAGCCGGACAAGAGUCAGUAUUCCACCGACCGAUGGGCCCAAGCCGUCAUGCUUUUGACUUUAUAGAUUGUUUAACUUCACACAACCAAUUUGAAGUUGGAAAGGUUUUUUCAACCUUCAGAGAACGACUAAGCCAUUUACAGAGGACGGAAAAAUAUCGGGUUUGCUUUGGUAAAUCAAAAAUACAUGGAUGGGGCCUCUUUGCAAGGCAAAACAUUCAAGAAGGAGAAAUGGUUUUUGAGUAUCGAGGUGAGCAGGUGCGGCGCAGCGUUGCUGAUCUGAGGGAGGCACGCUAUCGGUCAGAAGGCAAAGAUUGCUAUCUUUUCAAGAUAAGCGAGGAAGUAGUAAUCGAUGCCACAAAUAAGGGGAACAUAGGCCGCUUGAUCAAUCACUCGUGUAUGCCCAAUUGUUACGCGAGAAUAAUGAGUACAGGUGAUGAAGAGAGCCGGAUAGUUCUUGUAGCUAAAAUUGACGUUUCAGCUGGCGAGGAGUUAACGUAUGAUUACCUGUUUGAAUCUGAUGAGCACGACGAAGUUAAAGUACCGUACGAAGAAGAUGUGUGGAUUGAGAUUGCCAAGUUCUUGGACGGGGUAUCUUUGGUGAUGCUUGCUACAACUUGCAAAUGGUUCAAUCUUAUCAUGAUGGAGGACUGUGUAUGGAAGUAUGCCUGUUUACGUGAUCUUCAAGUCCCUGACCCGGGAAAAGUUGCUUUCAAAUGGAACAAAUUAUAUGCCACAGCAUUCGAUGGAUGUCACUCUUACAUGUUCCGUCAGCAGGAGAAGCAUAUUGAUUGGAUGCGAAUUGGAGCAUUUUUAUUUGAUUCACAUUCUGCAUUCCUGACUGAGAGGCUGAUUGGCCCAUUGAAAGUUGCUAAGGAAGACAAGAUAGAGAAGAUGUUGGAGUUGGAAGGUUAUUGCAUGUUAAAUAAUAUCAAAGCCGGAAUCUGGAUUGCUGAUUUACAGCUUGUACGAUGCCCUGUUUGUGACCUGAAUACUUGCGAUGGAACUAUGCAGACUUUAGAUGCAAGGCAUAUUGAACUCUUUCUGCAUGAGGGCUACCAGGACGGGAGCUGGGGCUAUGAGACAUUAGGAUCCCACGAUAUCAACAAACAUGCUGAUGGAGCAUCGGGUGGGAUUUUCGAUAUGAAACAUCUCCAGGAUCAAUCGACCUCUGAUAUUCUUGAUCUUAAGUCAUGGGUGGGGAAACAAAAGGACUGUCAACCAAAAGCUAUGAUAACUCUGCACGCAGUAGCAGUCAAAACCAAUUUACAAGAAAAUGAAGGUCUUCACAUCAAAUACCAAGCUAUGAAGGCUGGAAAAGAUGGUGAAGUUGUCUCCAUUCGAAUAUCUCAGCAGCUACUGUAG